AUGGACAUACCUGCACUUGAAGAGUUUGGUCAAAAUACAACUGAUGACAUAACAGAUGACCUGCUUCACCAGGCACGAGGCCUCAUCAUAGAUGUGUAUACAUCUUCAGCUGAUCACUUUGAAGAUUCUGAUCUGGGGACACUGAGAGCAUACAAGUUAUUGAACAACAAAUCAACACUCUUAAAGCUACUUCCUCCGACUGAAAACGCAUUUCUCUUCCACCUUAAACGGGCAGCUCUGGCAACCAUUAUUGACAAGAAUGCAGAUAUUGCCAAGCCAGAAAUUCCCCCUUCAGGAAUUUUGGAUGAUUUCUGGAUGAGGGCCAAGCAGUUGAAGUUCCAAUUCCAUCUACACAGCCUGUCUGGCCUGUGUCAUUGGCCAUGGCCAAAGUGUCACACCGAAGGACAUUUCCUGUCACACCAAAGGACAUUUGAGCUUUUUGUGGCAUACAAAAUGACCCUGAACCUCUCUGCUGACAACCUGACUUCGGACAACUUCACGCUCCUGCCGUAUUACAUCCACUCGGUAGGGAUGGCGGUCAGCUACAUCCUCUCAUACCUGCUGGUGCUGCUCCUCUGUGUCGUGGGGAACGGGCUUGUCUGCCUGGUGAUCAUCAGGAACCGACACAUGCGUUCAGUCACUAAUCUCUUCAUCCUAAACUUGGCCAUUAGUGAUCUGCUGGUCGGCGUGUUUUGUGUGCCCACCACACUGAUUGACAAUCUCAUCUCAGGUUGGCCUUUUGGCCAGGUCACCUGCACUGUGAGCAACCUGGUCCAGGGCAUGUCAGUGUCUGCUUCUGUCUUCACCUUGGUUGCCAUAGCAGUUGAUAGGUUUUCCGGGAUUGUUUACCCUUUCCAUCACCGCCUGAGGCCAGUCACUGCGCUCUUCGCCAUCAUCUUCAUUUGGCUGCUUGCUUUUGCCAUCAUUUUUCCUUCUGCUGCAACCCUGACCGUCAUUCACUUGGAUGACGUCUACAUGGUGCAGGACAACCAAAUCUACCCACUGUUUGUGUGUUUCGAGGACUGGCCGAGAGCCGACAUGCGACGAGUUUACACCACAGUAAUUUUCAUCCAUGUUUAUCUGGCCCCGCUUGGUCUUAUAAGCAUCAUGUAUGGCUGCAUCUCUGGCAAACUCUCCAACAACCUACGUGAGAAUCGAGCUCGCUCCAGGAGGAGGAUGAAAGUCAUCAAGAUGCUCAUCAUGGUUGCCGUUCUCUUCAUGGUGUCCUGGCUGCCGCUUUGGACUUUGAUGCUUCUUACGUACUAUCAGGAUCUGGACCGCCAACAGAUUGACUUCUUGAGCAGCUAUCUUUUUCCUGUAGCUCAUUGGCUGGCGUUCUUCAACAGUGGGGUUAAUCCGAUCAUCUACGGCUUCUUCAACGAGAACUUCCGGAGAGGAUUCCAGGCCAUCAUGGCCUGCGGCUCCUGCAACUCUUUUGGGUUGGAGAUGUGUCGCACGCACUUUGCUCUCCCGCCCCCUAACAAAGUAUCCAAUGAGAGCCAAGGUGUGACCAACAGGCGGAAAGAUUGCUGCUUUGCUGUGAUGCCUCAAGCGGCGGCUAAUGGUAUUCAGGAAAUUCUCCUUGAGAACAUGAAUGGAAUUACAGCCUCCCACAGAGUUAUAGGAGCCUGGAUGGAGUGAAGGAUUAAGGAGUUCUAUAUCCCAGGAGAAAGCUGUUGCAUUGCCAUUCUUCUCAAUGACUCAAAUUGCUCAGUUUGCUUCAUAGAUAAUCAUUCCCCAAACAUGUGAUUCUGAACUUUUCAACCUUUUUGUAUGUUGCUCGCACUACUUUUGCACUACAACUACUUGUAGUGCAACUACAAGUGUAGUUGCUCGCACUACAACUACUUUUGA